AGUUUCAUGGUAUAUCACCUCCGGCCGCCUUUUAUAGUUUAUCGUCUUUCUUCAAACAGCUCCGAUUCAUCGGAGAAAAAUAAAAAAAGAGCUUCGAUUCGACACAGAAAUCAAAUACAAUUGGGGCAAUGGAAGCGGGAACUCUUCUUCUCCGUCCUAUCGUUAUCACAGCCCCAAUAUGGAACCCCAAACGCCGCUCCUUUCUUCGUCGUUGUGUUCCUGCUCUCCUUCGCUCCGUCAGGGCUUCUUCCAACUUACAGGGAGGGUACAGAGGGCCGAAGCCGAGGAGAGAAUGGGCAGCCGAUUUGGUGUCAGAGAACGACGACGUUGUCCGGAGUAUGCCAAUCUACGUCGGUGUCCUCUCUCUGUUGGCCGUUCUCUUCAAUCGCGCCGUUUCCGGCAUAGCUCCUGUUGCCGAUGCCUCCAGUUCACAGUCUAGGGCGGAUCUACUGACACUUGGUUUGGCAGUAACCAACAUUUUAACUGGUCUAGUAUGGCUAUCAAUCCGGCCAAAAACUAUUUUACCGGUAAAUCCUGAUGGUGUGGAAUGUCAGAAGAUAAAUUCUUUUCUUCCUGAUUCUGUAGUUUCUGAGUUACUAUGGGUUUGGGAGUCUCUUUCGGUUGCAACAUGCAGUAGAUCUCUAGUUAUUGUUUAUGAUAACAAUUUUAUCUUUCAAACUGGGUUUGCUGCUGCAUCUUCUGCAAAUUACUCUGAAGUGGUGCCCGUGGUUCCCAAUAAUUUGAUGGAAGGUUCACUUUACAAAAGUGUUUUGAAGUCUGGGUCACAGAGCUAUUUGGCCAACCUAUCUCUCUAUCCGGGGAAGUCAGAGCUUCCAUUUCUGCCACCAAAUACACAGCAGGCAGUCAUCUUGCAGCCACUUGGAGACAAAGGAAUUGCAAUAAUUGGUGGUGACACUAUUAGGGGCUUUACAACCUCUGACCAGGCAUGGAUUUCAUUAAUUGCAGAGAAGUUGGAUGCUACACUUACAAAAUUUCUGAACAAACCCCCUAUGAUGGUCCAAGAUAUAGCUUGAAAUCAAUCAAUUUCUCAAAUAAUUUGAUUUUCUGUCGGCCUAUGUUUCUUUGAAGGUUUUUAUCAAGUGCCAGGUGUUUCAGGUUCCCUUUCAAGCGUGGGCGAGGAAGAAAUGAUCGGCUAGCUUAGGACUUUUGGUUUCAUUAUGUACCCUUAUAACUCAAGUGAUGUAUUGUAAAUAGCAGCUAGGAUACUCAAGGUUGUAAAGAGUGUGUGUGAGUGUCCUAUAAUUGUACUUGCUGUGAUGUGUUGUGUUUUAUGGAGUAUUGAAGGUCGUAUACAUUUAUUGUACUUGUAAAGAAAUCUAGUGGAAAUCCCUUUAUUUAGCUUUCGUUAAGCUUUCAGGUUCGAUCCAAAUGCUUCCGUUGGUAAGGGUUUCCAUAACGCUCGUAGGUGAUGUCGGUUUAUGUUUCGCAUUGUUGCGUAUUUUGGAAAGUGGGGCGUUACAGUUGGUAUCAGAGCUAGAAUAUAUGGUUCUUAUUUAAGUGUGAUUGAUUAAUUUUGAGGA